UGGGGCUGCGGGGCAGCCCGAGAGGGCGAGCUCUGACCGCAGGUGGCUCCUCCUCCGCCACCCCGCAGCCGCAGGUACCCAGCCGGCUGCGGUGGGGCCGCCUUUGUGCCCUGCUCCGGGGGCCCGCGACGGCCGCUGCGCACCCAGGUCCAUUGUUUCGCCGCUCUCUCUUCCGGACAGGUGCCGGCGGCGCGCGGGGCCCCCACGUGCCAGAGCUGCGGCCUGAGCGCUGGGAUCAGCGGGCGCCGGCCGGGGCGUCCUCGGACGCGCGGCGGGGGAUGAAGUACUUGAAGCCGUGGUGGUCGGACGGCGGCAGCCUUCUUCACUUCACCAUCCUGCUGAGCUUGGCGGAGCUCCGCCUGGACCUGGACCUAGACCUAGACCUAGACCUCUACCUGCUGUUUGCGCCGCGCACUCUGCUUGGAGAUGAGCUGCUGCUCCGGAACGGCCAGACGAGCCACAUCUCCGCGCUCAGUCCUUUCCCGGCCUCGGGAGGGUGGGGGCGCGCGGAACUGCUGCACCCCAAGUGCUGGGAGCGGGACCCAGCGGCGCCGCCAGAAGGCCGGCUGCUCCGGGAGGUGCGCGCGCUGGGGGUCCCCUUUAUCCCCAGCACCCGAGUGGACGCGUGGCUGGUGCACAGCGUGGCUGCAGGCGACGCCGACGGGACGCACGCGCUGCUCGGCGCCGCAGCCGCUUCGUCUGCCGGGGGAGUGGGUGCCGGCGUGGACGGCGUUAGCCAGGCUGCUCCGGGUGGCGGCGGGGGUCCGCGAGCGGUUCAGAGUAGCCCGUUGGCCGCCGGGGAGGAGGAGAAGGCACCCGCGGAACCGACGGCUCAAGUGUCGGACGCUGGCGAACACGCGAGCGAGGAGAAUGAGGUAUUAAAAGGUGUGGGUCACAGUCCCCAGCAUGAAGAAAAUGAGCAAAGAUCAUCAACCCAAAUGGAAAAAUCACUACAGGAGAAGAAUGAAGAUGAAAGUAAAGUAGCAGAUAAGCCUGCCUGGGAGGCAGAAAAAACCACUGAAUCUAGAAGUGAGAGAUAUCAAAAUGGAACCGAUGCAUUUUUCUCUCUGGAAGACUUAUUUCAAUUGCUUUCAUCGCAGCCUGAAAAUCUACUGGAGGGAGUCUCACUGGGAGAUAUUGCCUCUCUCCCGGGAAGUAUCAAUGAUGGCAUGAAUUCCCCCACACAUUAUAAUGUAAAUUUUAGCCAAGCUGUAAGUCAUGAUGUAAGUCUCCACGAGGCCAUGUUGCUAUGUUCUGACAAUACAUUUAGAAGGGAUCCAGUAGCAAGGACUUCACAGCCACAAGAACAAAUUCUACAGUUAUGUUCUCCUACUACCCAUACUGAACAGACCUCUCCUGGAACUAAUUUGACAGGAUUUCUUCCGUUUGUUGACAAUCAGAUGAGGAAUCUAAGCCAAGACCAUCUGUAUGACCUUGACAUAAACAUAUUUGAUGAGAUAAACUUAAUGUCUUUGGCCACAGAAGGUUUUGAUCCAAUGGAAGUUUCUUGGCUGCUUGAAGAACCAGGUUAUGAUUCUGGGCUUUCCUUCUCAAGUAACAAUAGCACCUCUGUUAUGAAGUCUAAUUCUUCUCACUCUAUAUGUGAAGGUGCUACAGGUUCUAGCAGUGACCUUUCCCACCAUGACCUAGAAGGGGCUGUAGGAGGAUACUGUCCAGAGCCCAGUAAGCUUUGUCACAUGAAUGACAGGAGUGAUUGUCAUUUUCAUGGGGACCUUGCAUUUCAAUACGUAUCACAUAACCACACUUACCACUUACAGCCAAGUGCACUAGAAUCCACUUCAGAAUCUUUGUCAUGGCCUGGGAAGUCACAGAAAAUAAGUAGAUACUUGAAUGACACAGACAGAAACUUAAGCCGUGAUGAACGACGUGCUAAAGCUUUGCAUAUCCCUUUUUCUGUGGAUGAAAUUAUCUGCAUGCCUGUAGAUUCUUUCAACAGCAUGUUAAGCAGGCACUAUCUAACAGAUUUACAACUAUCGCUCAUCCGUGACAUUAGACGAAGAGGGAAAAAUAAAGUUGCUGCUCAGAACUGCCGAAAGCGUAAACUGGAUGUAAUUUUGAAUCUCGAAGAUGAUGUAUGUAGCUUGCAAGCAAAGAAGGAAACCCUUAAAAGAGAGCAAUCCCAGUGUCACAAAGCUAUAAACAUAAUGAAACAGAAACUGCACCACCUCUAUCGUGAUGUUUUUAGUAGGUUAAGAGAUGAUCAAGGUAGACCAAUCAGUCCAAACCAGUAUGCUCUUCAGUGUACCCAUGAUGGAAGUGUUUUGAUUGUACCCAAAGAAUUAAUGAUCCCAGGCCAGAAAAAGGAAAACCAAAAGGGAAAAUGAAAAAACGAGAGAAAAAAUUGAAGAUGGAUUCCACCAAUACACAUAAGCAGUUAGAAACUGUUAAAGGAUCACAAAUCUGCUUCCAGGUUUAGCUCGUGUUAACUUUUAAGUACUACAACUUGAAUCACUCAGUAUGUUUUCAAGCUUAUGUGGACAAGUUUAGGUAUCAGUAUCAGACCUGGGGCAGAAGCCACCACCUCAUGAAGUCCUAACAGUAUGUACAAACAAUGUGACAUGAAACAGCCUGCUUUGGUAGCCCUUUCUUAAAGAUGGUCUUUUUAAAAGAACACUGGAUGUAGUUAUUUUGAAACAUGUGUUUUUUUGACUUAAAAUACAAUUUAACCUUAAGGUUUUUUCAGUUAGCACUGAAGUUUAGUGACUUUUCAAGAGCCUUUUCGCUUAAUUUUUAUGAAUACUUAACUUAUACAGCUUUCUGUGGAAAUAAACUUUAUAUUUGAUUUUAUAAA